AUGGAACAACACCAAGCGCUCACGUUAGUUGAUCUCCCACAUCAUGCCAUCUCCAAAAUCAUCUAUGAACGGUGGAACAUGGACAAUAAGUAUCAACACGUUCUUUCAAUUUUAUUUACUUGCAAACAAAUAUACUAUGAACACUAUCAUAUUUUGUACAUGUUAAGGCCACUUGUUCUAGGAAAAGCAGAGAACUCAACAAGCUCAAAGGAUUUGCAGAAAUUGAUUCAAAUUAGAGCUUGUUGCAAGAUUAGGAAAAUUUACGUGGUUAGGCCAUCCAAAUCCCUAAUUCUGCAGGUGGAAAUGUUUCCUAAUCUAAAAACAGCUUCAAUUAGUACUUCCUUGAAAGAUUUACUCAACAUCGUUUAUAAAUUACCCCCUACUGUAACAGAGUUGAAUUUAUGCUUAACUAAGAAUGGAUUAAGAGCUACAACGACCGAGAUUCUUAAUGUUCCCACAUUCAAGCUAAAGAGGUUGAAAUUUAGUUCGGUUUGUUGCAUUAGAAGAACAAGAUUUUCAUCCUUUUAUGACACAAUCAUGGGACCUAUAACUAGAAUCACAACGGACCCAAAUUAUUACAAAAGAAGUUCUCCAGGAAAAUUGGUUUGCAAUUUAUUAGCAAGAUUGAUCAAAGACAAUAUAUCAACGUUGGUCAUGUUAGAUUUUGAAACAGUCCACUUUGAUCAAAUCAAUUUAGUAUUGAAAGAGCUCAUUUUUAAUUUCGGUUCACCCAAUAGGCUACAAGUGAUAAAGGUUAAUCAACUAGGUUCGGAUCAGAAUACAACGUACAAGCUCAUUGAUAUUUGUAAGGAACUUCAUUUCACCAACAAUCACUUGGGUCUUAAGUACAUUAUUCAAAAGAAAGAAGAAGGUUUGAUCCAAAAGAUUGUGGCUACCAAGCGGCCUUAA